UUUCAAAAUCUAGGUUCUAUCUAGGAUAGAAUGGAAAUAGAAAUAAAAUAUUAGCUUAUAUGUUCUAUAAACAUAACGGGAAGGAUUUCCCAUCACUUGGAAUCUGAUUUCAUAUUAAAUUUAACAUAAAAUUUUAGGAUGCAAGGGAUAACUUUGUCUGUGAUUUGACAUCAUUGACGUUACCAAGUCAAGUGAGUUUUGUUGAUUUCACAGCAUGUCAAAUGGUCAAAGACUUUGAUAGAUGUACUAUCGUUUUUAAAAAAAAUAUAUUUAAAACAGGAAGACAGAAUGUUAAUUCAUCGCAUGGAAAAAAUCAUGCAAACAUUUUUAUCUGUGAGACUGGGUUGGAUACGCCCAACCUCCUCCCACACGUUUCAUUAUAAAUCCACUGUGAUGUACAAGUGCAAGUCAUUCUAAGCAAAAGCUGCAUUUCUCUUUUGCUGGUCUUUCAAAAGAAGUAUUCAAAAAAUUGCAGUAAGAUGAAGAUGAAGGUGACUGUGGUGUUGUUGCUUCUUCUGGUUCUGGCCUCAGCCACUGACAUAGGUAAGGUGUUUGUCUUCCCUGAAGAGUCAAGCUCUGCCUAUGUGCAACUCACACCAAUGAAACCUCUGAAUUUGCAGGCCUUCACACUCUGUAUGCGCGUUGCUACUCAAAUCUGGUACAAGCGAGAGAUCAUCCUGUUCGCUUAUCGCACUCAAGAGGCUGACGAGCUCAAUGUGUGGAGAGAAAGUAAUGGAAGACUUUCUCUAUACUUGAGAAGCAGUAAAGAUGGUGCAUUCUUUACUCUCCCGAUGCUGUCAGCUUUACCCACUCAUCUGUGUGUCACCUGGGAUUCGAGCACUGGAAACACCGCAUUUUGGGUGGACGGACGCCGCAGCAUGCUGAAAAUCUACAGGCGUGGCCAUAAUGUACAUCCAAAUGGAGCUAUAAUUAUCGGACAGGAUCCUGAUUCAUUUUUGGGUAAAUUUGAUGUAUAUCAGAGCUUUGUGGGUGAAAUUACAGAUGUACACAUGUUUGAUAGUGUUCUGAAGGCAUGUCAGAUUGAGCAGCUGUAUGAGAAACAAUACAAUGCUCCGAGUGGGAACGUGCUCAACUGGGAUUUUCUCAAGUACAAAAUCCAUGGGAAUGUUGUUGAGAAGUACACGUACCAGGAAUACUCUAAAAAAGUCUCUGACACCUGCUUCUGAAUUUCUCUCCUUUGAUUUCCAUGUCUAAUAGACUAUCUAAUGUGACUAUCAUUCCUGAUGAAUCAGUGUCUGUGAUUAAGAUAUAAAAUGUAUUCUUAGAGAAAUCCUCUGUUUCUGAAACAAAAAUGUGUAUUAGCUCAAUCUUAGAUUUCACCUGAUUACUGAUUUACCCUCUCUUCCAUUUUCUUCUUACUGUGUAACUGUAAAACUCUGCAUCACAAAAACUGUUUUGUUGGAGGCGUUCUUUGAAUAAAUCUGACAAAAUAU